AUGUUUAAAAAUAAAGUAACCUUAGUAAAUAAAAAUCUUCUUGGAAGCAAAGAUAGAAAAAAACUAGCCAUAACACUAAAAUCAACAUUUUAUAUCGAAAAAGAAGAAGAUAUCGAUGAAAUUUUAGAUAAAGAAGAUACGACCUUUUGUAAAGUACAAAAAACAAAGAUUGUAAUAUAUUUUUCGAAAAAUAUUCCCGUAUUAUUCAGUAUUAACAACGUUAUUUAUCCUACUGUUUAUACGUUAUGGAAAUUUCCGAAAAUGAUUCCUUGUUUUGUUAUAUAUCCCCCUGCGUCUGAAUUUUUAAUGAGGGGUGCUGAUUUAAUGAUCCCAGGUAUAUGCAAAGAAAUUGAUAACACUGAUAAGAUGAAAGAAGGAUGUAUAUGGGGAGUUCGAGUAUUUAAUAACCCCUAUUUAUUUGCUGUUGGCGAUUGUGCCAUAGAAUACAAUAAUAAUAAAAUGUUUUAUGAUUUAAAAGGCAAGUGUUUAAAAUUAGUACAUAUAUUUAAUGAUGAGAUAUGGAAGUUGGGUCCACAAAAUGUACCACAUAAUAGUUUUAAAAUUAAAUUAAUAGAUUCUGUGGAAGAGGUUGUAGAUGAUUUUUAUAGUUUCAGAAUAUAUAAAGAAGACAAAGGAAAGAAGACAAAUACCAAUGUAAAAGUAAAACAAAACAAGGAAAAAGAACAAAAUAAAAAUAAUAACGAGUUUGGUUGGGGUAGUGAUAAUGAAAAUAAUAAUAAUAAUAAUGAUGAAAAAAUGUUGAACAAUUCUGAAGGCAAAUGUAAUAAUAAGAAUGACACGUCAACAAAUAAGGAUGAAUCAAACAAAGGUAAUAAUAAAAGUGUAUCAAAUGUAAGGUAUUUGGAAAAUUUCUAUAAACACUUUAAUGUUAUAUUAGAUAUAAAUAAUAAUAAAAACAAAAAAGAUACAUCAUCCUUAUUACAUAGUAAUAAUAAUACGGAAAAAAUAGAGAAUAAAAUAAAUAAUGCUCAAAGUGAUCAAGAAAUAAAUAAAACAAAUAUAUUAUCAGACAAACAAAUAAAUGAAAAAAAAGAGUGUCAAACGGAUUUAAAUGGUAUAGAAACAAAUUUAAAUUCAAAUGAAUGUAGUGAAAUAUUAGAACAAGAUGAUAUAAUAAACUGUAAGCAUGAUAAUAAUAAUUUAAAUUAUGAAAAAAAUAUAUUACCUAUAAAUGAACAUAAUGAAGAAAUAAAAGAUGAUAACAUAAAAGAAAAUGAAACAAAUGAUAAUAAUAUGAAUGAUAACAAAAAAAACUUUGAACUUAACACUCAACAACAAGAUUUAUUGCUGUCAUAUUUAUUAUUAGAAUCUUUAUAUACAAUACCUGAUGAGAAUUUACCAAUGGAAGUUUCUGGUAUUUAUAGUAAAAUGACUAAAGAAUGUGUGUAUAUACAUUUGAAUAAAAAGUUCCUAGAAGAAUUAAAUAAUAUGAAUAAUAUAUCUAUUGAUAUAAUAGACCAAAUAAAAAAAAAUAUUAUCCAUCUUGAUAUGGAUGUUAAAAAAUCAAGUUAUAAAAAAUUAAUGAAAUUUAUACAGCAUUAUUCAAAAAUGAAAUUAUUAAAAAUUAAAGAAAACAGAAAUAUUAUAUCUAUUGUAAAUAUUGAGAGACAACAUGCAUUAUAUAAAUCUUAUGAACCUAUAAAUGUUGAAUUAAAAAAAAAGUAUGAUAUUGAAAAUGAACAAACAAAUUUAAAUAUAAAUGAAAAUAAAAAUAAAAUAAAUAAAACACCUAUUAAUAAUUCAACUAAUAAAGGGGCUCAGGUAUUAGAGUUCUAUAUGCCUUCUAAUAAAACAUUAAAUAUUAUACAAUCAAUUGAAAAUAAGGUUGAUAAAAGUUCUUAUUUUAAUAUAAAUCAAUUGAAAGAUAUAUUAAAAAGUUAUAUAAAAUUAAACAAAUUACAAUGUAAAGAAAAUAAUAAUAAUAUUAAUAAUUUGAAGGGAUAUGUAAUAUUAAAUGAGGAAUUAAAAAAUAUUAUGAACGUACAGGAAAGUUCCAAUAUGGUACCAUACGAAACAAUACUCAAUCAAUUCAUAUCUUUACAACAACCAUGUUAUGCUAUUAUAAAACCUAAUGCUAAUUUUGAUAUUGACCCAAUUAAAAUUACUAAAGGAGUUUGUCCUUCGAUUCAUAUUUAUUCUGUUGCAAGAAUGAAAGGGAAAAAAUAUGUUACUCAUAUUACGAAUUUAUAUUUAUUUCAUUUAGAUCUUAAUAAAUUUUCUGAACAUUUACAAAAACAGCUAGCUUGUUCAUGUUCAAUAGUAAUUUCCCCAUCAACCAAAAAAGAAGAAGUUUUGGUACAAGGAAAUGUAGUGAAUCAAAUAUAUAAUAUUUUAAUUAAUAAUUAUAAUCUUCCAAGAAAAUAUAUCGUCUUAAAUACAAAAGGAUAA